AUGCACCUGCCCGGCUCCGCGCUGACCAUGGCCGAAGGGACUUUUCCUCUUCCCGGGCCCCUGGUCCGGAGUCCAGGCGGAAACCCAGCCCGGUUGCACAGCAUCGAGGCCAUCCUGGGCUUCCCCAAGGAGGACGCGCUCCUCCUCAGCUCCUUCCCGGCCCAGGAGGGCUCCCGGGAUGCCCAGGAGCCGGGCCAAGGGGCAGGAGCCCGGCUGGCCUUCCCCAAGGUGCCCGGUGGGGACCCGCCCCAGACCCCGCAGCAGCCGCCGGAGGUCCAGGCGGAAGAACGUGAAGAGCCCCUCGCCUACUGCCCCAGGGAGUCCGGGGAGGAGCGCCUGAGCCCGGGGCUGCAGGCCCCCCGCCUCCCCGGAGACGGAAAGCUGUCGGACGAGGAGCAGCCCAAGAAGAAGCACCGGAGGAACCGAACCACCUUCACUACCUACCAGCUUCACGAGCUGGAGCGCGCCUUCGAGAAGUCCCACUAUCCCGACGUCUACAGCCGCGAAGAGCUGGCCGUCAAGGUCAGCUUGCCGGAGGUCCGGGUCCAGGUCUGGUUCCAGAACCGAAGAGCCAAGUGGCGGCGCCAGGAGAAGCUGGAAGUCACGUCGAUGAAGCUGCAGGACUCUCCCAUGCUGUCCUUCAGCCGCUCCCCUCCCGGCGCGGGGGGCCUGGGGUCCCUGGGGAGCGGCGGCGGGGGAGGGGGCGCAGGAGGAGGGACCCCCUUGCCGCUGGAGCCCUGGCUGGGCCCUCCGCUGGCCGGCGGGACCACCUCGCUGCAGAGCCUGCCCGGCUUCGUCACCUCCCCGCCCAGCUACAGCCCACCUCCUCUGCCCCCGCUGCUCAACUCGCCCACCCUGGGGGCCAGCCUGCAGCCCCUGGGGGGCCUGGGCCCCCCACCCCCGCCCCCUCCGCAUUACCAGUGCGCCCACAACUUUGCGGACAAGUUUUCCCUGGAAGAGGGCGACCCGCGGAACAGCAGCAUCGCGGCGCUGCGGAUGAAGGCCAAGGAGCACAUCCAGUCGAUGGCUAAGCCCUGGCAGACCCUCUGA